AUGUCGUCUUCGAUCCUAUCCUCGUCCUCGAGGCCCCAGACUGCGCGCCGUUCGUCUAGAGUACCCGGCGGGUUUGAUCCAGACGACGAAGACGACGUGUCACCUGCAGGAAGUGUCAACAAUGAUUCGUACAGCGAUUCCCGCGAUACCUUUUCCCUGCCCCCGGGCCCGCAAGACCCAAGUAGCCUCCUGCAGCCACUUGACGAAAAUACAAACAUCGAAUUACCUGCCAACAUGACUUUGGACGAAAGCGCCAUGCACAAGAAACUCAUGGACAUCGAGUCCAGUUUUAUUCCCGACCCAUCGCAAUUAAACAGCGAAACUUCACAAAGUCCCGGCGCCGACGACACCCACCAGUUUGGCGUUCUGAACAACAACGUCGCAGUGCGGAAAAAGCCCCUUCCCAUUCAGAUCUCUUAUAACCAGCGAAACACACAAACGUAUCUCCUUCCUGGCCCAGUCGAAACUCACUCUCCACGCACACCGCCUGGCGGCUAUAAAACUCCGGCGCCUGAACAGUUGGAAUUUCACGAUAUGGAUGAUGCAGAAGAUGCCACGCCACAAAUCCCAAAUACCUCCGCUCUCGAAAACAUGUCCUCCUCUCCUACCGCUGCUGCUACCGCCCGGACAUUAACAAGAGUGCAGUCUCUGGCGACCAUGGGUGGGUACGAGACUGCCAACGAGCAGGAAGAUGGGAAUGAGCCAGAUGAUGAUGUGCCUGUUAUAAGUAAAGAGAGCGUUCUUUCGCAAGAAGAUGUCGAUGCCACCCCUAGGAAGGAUGACACACAAUCUGACACCAAUCACCGGUUCUUGGAAGUUCCAGGUAGUGCUGAUGGACAGCAGGAAAGUUCAGACGGAGGCGCUCGACCCUCAAGAAGACCUCGAUAUCUACAUAAGCGGUCGUCUCAAGCCCGUUUGUCGUACGAUUCAGUGGCCAGCUCCAAUACAGACGCUAGUGACGCCACUCUUGGAGCCGAUUUUGCCCUACAAUCAGGCGGCGCAGUACCAGACUCUCAACGAAAAGCCAGAAAUACAAUAUCGCGGCAAGCUAGUCUCGGAAGUAUGAUGUCUGGUAUUUCAGGAAUGAGUGAUGAUGAUCGAAUGCAGCGACAGAUCAGCGUACCUGAUCUGAGUACCCUAGAGGAAGAGAGCCCCAGAUCUAACAAAGCUGGUGGUCUUCUGACUCCAAAGGCUUCGACAUUCAGUUUCAACAUGCCCACGGAUACGGUCAUUGCGAAUAAUGUUCGGGAUCUGGAAGUUCCCGGUACCUUUGCGCGCCAAUAUCGGCAAGAACGAAAUCUUUCACCGGAGAAACCUACCAUCAUCGGCAUGACUCCAGGCCCUAAACGAGGUCUGACAUUGAAGGAGCACAGGAGCACAGUCGAAAAGCUCGGAAAGGAGAAUUUUGACCUGAAGAUGAAAAUCCAUUUCCUAGAUCAAGCACUUCAGAAACGGUCUGAAGAUGGUAUCAAGGAAAUGAUCACAGAAAAUGUACAAUUAAAGUCCGAUCGCCUGAGGUUGGAAAAAGAUAAUCAUAAUUUACGAAAGCAAGUUCGAGAAUUGCAGAAGAAACUCGAUGAAAGUGGUGAGCGAGAAUCGCCCACUGCAGAUCAGGGAUAUGGGACCGAUGAAGAGAGGAGUCCGACCGCCGAGGAAGAGGUGCUAUACCUUCGUGAACGCGUCGAAAUCACCGAAAUCGAAAUUGAGAAAUUACGAUCAGAAAACAUGGCCAAGGAAUCUGAAAAGCGAAGGUUAGCUGAAAUGGUCAAAUCCCUGGGUGAUACCCGCGCUGCAACUUCAGACGUCGGAUCGCGUGAAGAACGUGAUAUGUGGAAAGACAUGCUUGAAGCCGAGACCAUUGCUCGAGAACAAUCUGAAGAAGACAAUAAGAGACUGCGGGAGGAAAAUCAGAAACUCAAAAGUGAUUCUCUCACCCAACCCAAGUCACUGUCUCGGAAGUCAAGAAUGGGAGGUUCAGUGGUGUCUCGCUCUAGCAGCUUUGAGGCUGCAAACGCACAACAAGCGGCCGAACUUGACAGACUCAGGCAUGAAGUUUCGGAGCUACAAAAGAUGAUCGGCGCCCAAGCUUCGACAUUGACGUCCCGCAAUAAGGAGAAGGAGCGACUGUAUCAAGAAAUUGAAGAUCUGAAAUUGGGGCGAAUGGGAGGUCUGCGAUCUGUUGCAGGUGACAGCAUUCUCGACAGGUCUGCAUCGAGAGCAAGAUCCCAUUCACGCGCUAGCAAUGGAACUCGCGUCUCACGCUUGAGUGAUCAAGAGCGUGAAGGCCUUGAGACCAGAAUCAAUGAACUUCGAGAUGAGCUCUCUCAGCUCAAGCUUGAGAACCAGAAUCUCCAAAACCAAUUUGACGAAGCCCUUGCUGAACUUGAUGCGGUUGAUGCUCAGGCGCAAGCCGAUGCCGACCAAUUCAACGAAGAACUUCACUUACUUACCCAAGAACGCGAUAAUGCUCUCCGAGAUGCGGAGGAACAAGAUCACGCCUUUCAAACCCUCAAGACCGAGGCUCAAGAAGAGAUCGACGGAAUGGGCGACGAACUUGAUGCUAAGGUGGAUGAGUGCAACAGACUCGAUCAGGAGGUCAAGGCCCAGAUCGAAAAUAUCAAAGCUCUUCAGGCCGAGAUGCGAUCUGCUGCUGAAGGUCUAGUUCGACUGGAAGAAGAUGCACAGCAAAAUCUUUCGCGCUAUCAAUCUGUCAAGGCUGAGCUCGAUGAUGCCAACAGGGAGCUUGAGAGCCUGGAGAAGAACUUGUCCGAAGCGGAAAGUAAAAUCCAGCGUCUGACCGUUCAACAAGAGAGCAGUCAUAAUGAGAUUGCUUUCCUCCGUGAGGAGCAAGAUGGCGAUAAGAUCAAAAUUGGAGAUCUCGAAUCACUUCUCAAGAAAGUUCAUCUUAAUUUGGAGUCUGAAAGGGAGAAGAGUAGGGACCUUGAACGACGAAUCGGUGAGGAGCGGGCUCAAAGAGAGGCAGUCGCCAGCCAAGAGAAGCAAGAUGUUCAAAGAAUCAUCAAUGACCUCAAUCGGGAAGCUACUGGGACGAAAGACGAGCUUCGGAGAGUUCGCAAAGCACUUUCGUCCCGUAAUAUUGAAGCGGAUGCCUUCAAGGAUCGCCUGACGGAGUUAGAGGAAAGCCUACGGAACAUUAUCGGUGAUCCGAAUGCUACGAGGUCAGCCUUGAUCGGUGCGGUUGGCAGAAUGAGUCGAGAUCUGGAGCAAACGACAAUGGAUCUUGCUUCCGUCAAGAGUCGACUUGAAGAAAGUGAGAGCCUCCUCGCUGACCGCGAUGCACUACUUGAGUCAACUAGUCAUGAGUGCCGCAGGUUGGCAGAUGCGUUUGAAAGGGAGAAACAAGGCCGCCGACAAGACAAGGUUGAUUUUGAACGUGCCAAUAAAGGCCAUAAUUCCACCACUCGAGCAUUGACCAAUUCGUCUGCAAGGAUCGCUGAACUGGAAGGCCUCCGACAGACCGAUCGGAAACGUAUGGCGCAAAUGGAGGGUCAACUCAAGGAACAACUCACCGAGCGCAACCAGAUCCUGCUAAAUCUAUGGAAGAAGCUGUCUGCAAUGUGCGGACCAGACUGGGCUCACAACAACAGUCUCAUCAAUGGCAAUCUACCCUCCCAGGAAGUGAUUGGUAACAUGCUUUUCUGGCCUGGCUUUAGUCGAAAUCUGCUGCUAGCGGCUAAACAAGUGGAAGGAACUCUCUCUACCUUCAGAGACAAAAUUCGACGAGUUGAGCGCGAGCUGUAUAAAGAAUAUCAAGCUCUAGAGCAAACGCUCGAAGUUCGAACUCGCAAGCUCGAACGAAUCGAAGAGAGCUGGGAGAAGAUGAAACUCAAGAUGAACGAGAUGGAACUGCAUACCAAUGCCGAAACUGUACCACGGACACCGAGAUCGGGCAGGACUCCAGAAAUCAGCAAGCUCAAAGGUGAGAACAGAUUGCUAAAGGCGGAACUUCAGCUACUGCAACAGCAGCAAGCCCAUCACAAUAUGCAUCAGCGACGAGACCGAAAUGAGAGUCGAGCUUCGGGAUAUUCCAGUGUCAUGUCUGGUGAAGGCGUCAACCAGAAUCUCGAUGGUGCAGUUAAUGGUGUGGUUGGAGUCCCGACCCGUUCAUCCAGCAUGAGACGAAGUCGCAACAUGGAACUGCAACGACAUCACACCACCGGUAUCGUAGAACACCUCGCCAGUAUGAACGGAGAGGUCAUCUCGAUGCGCUCGAAUUCAAUCUCGAGCCGAAAUUCAGGUGUGACACAAAGCGAGAGAGAGCGCGAGCGCGGAGGACUCAUGAUCCCCGCCGGGCCGUUCAAUGCCCCAGUCAACGGAAAUUUUGCACUCCCCCCACCACCUCGAGAAGCUCCACCCGCACCACCAAGCACAGCAUCCGGCUCGGACAUCGCGAGCAUCACGACAGCCAUCACCGCCGCUGGCGGACCCGGCGGCCCUGGCGCAGAGAAAUGGAUCCACCGGCUUAGAGAGCUGGAACGGAGACUGAAGCAGGAGCGCGAGGCUCGCCUCUUAGAUCGCAGCGGUGCUAGGAAGCGCCUCGAAGAACGCGACGCCGUCAACGAAGAGCUCAGGCGCGAGUUGGAACGUGAGCGUGUCAGGAAGAGCACCGACUCAACGGCUGCAGAGGCGGCUUCGGGGCGUGCAUUUCCCUUCCCCGCCAGCGAAGCCCAGCCUGUUGAAUUGGAAGGCGGCGGCGGCGGCGGCAGCGUUCGUGGCGGAGAGAAUGGAAUUGUGACCGGCGUUGGGAAUGGCAAUGGGAAUGGAAACAACAACGGCAGCGGAAACGGGACCAAGAAGCGCUAG